AUGGUAGCUGUGUUCAACAAAGAGCUCUUGAGUUGGUACCUUAUCACUCUUAAACUCAAAGAAACAUUAGAGUCCGGGAUUCCAUCAUCAGCUGAGUUUCCAGAGAAGCCUCCUCAACAGCAGCAAAAGCUUCAGCAGGAGCCUUCAGAACCAUUGCAGGUUAUCAUCAAUGAAGAUGGUGAAAAUUUGAAGGAAGAAGCAAGCUCACAAGAAUCUGAAUGGGUGAUCUCCAUCAAGGAAAAACUAGAGCAAGCCCGUCAAGAUGAUGUGGCAAGUUCAUGGGCCAAGUUAUCAAUCUACAAAAUCCCCCACUACCUCAGAGAAACUAGUGGCGAUGACAAAGCUUAUGUACCCCAGAUAGUGUCCUUGGGUCCUUACCACCAUGGAAAAAGACGUCUCCGCCAAAUGGAUCGCCAUAAAUGGCGUUCCCUUAAUCAUGUCUUGAAGCGUACCAAACAAGACAUUAGUCUCUUUCUCAAUUCAAUGAAAGAGAUAGAAGAAAGAGCUCGUUACUUUUAUGAAGGACCAAUCAGUUUAAGUAGCAAUGAGUUUGUGGAAAUGCUGGUCCUUGACGGUUGUUUUGUGCUUGAGCUAUUCAGAGGAGCUACAGAAGGGUUCCAGAAACUUGGGUAUUCAAGGAAUGAUCCUAUUUUUGAAAUGCGUGGUUCCAUGCAUUCCAUUCAGAGAGAUAUGAUCAUGCUGGAAAACCAGCUUCCCCUGUUCGUACUAGAUAUGCUUCUGGGAAUUCAACUGGGUAACCCAGAACAGAAAGGACUUGUUGCAAAUCUAGCACUCAGGUUCUUCGACCCGUUAAUGCCAACGGAUGAGCCAUUAACAAAAAGUGAUAGAAACAAAUUAGAAUCAUCUCUUAGAAGCAUUGCCACCUUUGACCCUUUAUCUGAUCAAGGUGGUCUUCAUUGCUUGGAUGUGUUCAGGACAAGUCUACUGCGGAAAGGACCUCAACCAUCACCCAGAAUAUGGAACAAACACAGGUCACGUGCUCGUGGGGUUGCAGACAAACGGCGCCAACAACUGAUACAUUGUGUCACAGAGCUUAGAGAGGCUGGAAUCAAGUUCAAGAAAAGGAAGACUGAUCGUUUCUGGGAUAUCAAAUUUAAGGAUGGUAUUCUGCGAAUUCCACGGCUAUUGAUACACGAUGGUACUAAGUCUUUGUUCCUCAACCUCAUUGCCUUUGAGCAGUGUCAUCUUGAUUGCAGCAAUGACAUUACAUCUUAUGUUAUCUUCAUGGACAACUUGAUCAACUCUCCAUCAGAUGUUGGGUACCUUCAUUACCGUGGGAUAAUUGAGCACUGGCUUGGUAGUGAUGCUGAAGUUGCAGACCUUUUUAACCGCUUAUGUCAAGAGGUUGUGUUUGACAUUAAUAAUAGUUACCUUUCCCCGUUGUCUGAGGCUGUGAAUCGGUAUUACAACCAUAGAUGGAACACUUGGUGUGCAAGCUUAAGACACAAUUACUUCAGUAAUCCUUGGGCAAUUAUCUCUUUGGUUGCUGCUGUCGUCUUGUUGCUACUUACUUUUGCACAAACUUAUUACAGUAUAUAUGGAUAUUACAGACCACCUAAGAAACCAAUAAGAAAAGAAUCUGCACAUCAAGAUCGCUUUUGGAGCUCAUCAUAGAUACAGGUAUAACGUAAAUGCUAUUAUGAUCUACGAACUGUGGGCAUUUUGGAAAUCCGUAAUUUGCCUGAAUGAAAAUCUAGAUUCUUCCCAGGAUAUAAGAACUUACAGAUCAAAUAAAAUUAGUCUAUUCAUAACCCUAUAACAUUU